AUAAAUCCUAUCACCCUUGCCAUCAUCUACUUCACAAUCUUCUUAGGUCCUGUAAUCACAAUAUCCAGCACCAACCUAAUACUAAUAUGAGUAGGCCUGGAAUUCAGCCUACUAGCAAUUAUCCCCAUACUAAUCAACAAAAAAAACCCACGAUCAACUGAAGCAGCAACAAAAUACUUCGUCACACAAGCAACAGCCUCAAUAAUUAUCCUCCUGGCCAUCGUACUCAACUAUAAACAACUAGGAACAUGAAUAUUUCAACAACAAACAAACGGUCUUAUCCUUAACAUAACAUUAAUAGCCCUAUCCAUAAAACUAGGCCUCGCCCCAUUCCACUUCUGAUUACCAGAAGUAACUCAAGGGAUCCCACUGCACAUAGGACUUAUUCUUCUUACAUGACAAAAAAUUGCUCCCCUAUCAAUUUUAAUUCAAAUUUACCCGCUACUCAACUCUACUAUCAUUUUAAUACUAGCAAUUACUUCUAUUUUCAUAGGGGCAUGAGGAGGACUUAACCAAACACAAAUACGAAAAAUUAUAGCCUAUUCAUCAAUUGCCCACAUAGGAUGAAUAUUAGCAAUUCUUCCUUACAACCCAUCCCUCACUCUACUCAACCUCAUAAUCUAUAUUAUUCUUACAGCCCCUAUAUUCAUAGCACUUAUACUAAAUAACUCUAUAACCAUCAACUCAAUCUCACUUCUAUGAAAUAAAACUCCAGCAAUACUAACUAUAAUCUCACUGAUAUUACUAUCCCUAGGAGGCCUUCCACCACUAACAGGAUUCUUACCAAAAUGAAUUAUCAUCACAGAACUUAUAAAAAACAACUGUCUAAUUAUAGCAACACUCAUAGCAAUAAUAGCUCUACUAAACCUAUUCUUUUAUACUCGCCUAAUUUAUUCCACUUCACUAACAAUAUUUCCAACCAACAAUAACUCAAAAAUAAUAACUCACCAAACAAAAACUAAACCCAACCUAAUAUUUUCCACCCUAGCUAUCAUAAGCACAAUAACCCUACCCCUAGCCCCCCAACUAAUUACCUAG